AUGGAUAAGAGGUUGGUUAAGGCAGCUGCCACAGGAAACAUUGAUGAUCUUGGGAGGUUGAUGAGAGAAGACAUGCUCUUGCUGGAAGCUGUGUCCAUGGUUGGGGCUCAAACUCCUUUACACAUAGCUUCAGCGUGUGGUCAACUUUCUUUCGUCAAAGAAAUGUUGAAACUGAAGAAGCAAUUCGUCUAUGAACUGAACCAAGAUGGGUUCACUCCCUUGCACCUUGCCUCUGCGAAUGGUUAUCUGGAAGUGGUGGUUGAGCUUCUGAAAGUUGAUCAUGAGCUGUGUGGCAUUCAGGGGAAGGAUGGAAGGCUCCCUCUUCAUUUUGCUGCAGUGAAAGGAAGAAUUGAUGUGAUGAAGGUGUUGCUUGACGCAGGUCCACUCAGUGUUGAAAGCAAAACGGCGAGGGGGGAAACUCCGCUUCAUAUUGCUGUGAAAAACAACCAGUUUGAUGCAGUUAAAUUGUUGGUGGAACAUGCGAAGAAAUUGAAGAAGGAAAGAUUCGUGUUGAAUGAAAAAGACAACCAUGGAAAUACUGUCUUGCAUCUGGCCGCGUCAAGGAAGCAGUACGAGAUAGUUCAUCUAUUGUUGGUAGAGGAUGAUGUUGCCAAAGAAGUGAUGCGGGUGAAUUGGUUGAACGAGAGAGGAAUGACCCCUCUUGAUGUUCUUAUGGUAUUCCAAAGCGAAGCUGGUGAUUUAGAAAUUUACAGAACUCUGGUGAAAGCAGGAGCUAAGAGUGGAAGGGAGAUUGAGAAUGAGAAUGAGAAUGAGAAUGAAGUUGGUAGAAUAUCCAACAACACAGGGCAAUCAGUAGCACCUAUGGAAUUGGAGAUCAUUCAUGAUAAUCAAGUUCCUCCAACAAACACCUCUAAUAAUGAACAAUCAAACCCAAGUACAAGAAUACGCUACUGGCCACGAGUUGAAGAUAUGAAAGAGUUAUUCGGAUACAAACCGAACAGAGAUUCUAUUAGUGAUGUGCGUAAUAUACUGUUGACCGUAGCUUCACUUAUGGUAACAGCAACCUAUCAGGCUGUACUUAGUCCCCCUGGCGGAGUGUGGCAGGACGACGCCGAUGGACACACGGCUGGAAAAUCUAUUACGGCCACCAAAUCAAAAAUAACAUUUUGGAUGUUUAUUCUGGGCAACAGCAUAGGAUAUUAUACCUCUUUUUUUAUGAUCAUUUGGCUAACAAUUGACUUCCCUUUGCAAUAUCCUUUGUUGUUGUUGUCAUUUUUCAUGUCAUUCAACUACAGUGCAUCCAUGUCUAGUCUUGUACCAAGCGGUGACUGGGAUUACAAUUUCUUGGUAGCCCUAGCUAUAGGGUUUGGCUACUUGACUCCAUUAGUUCCUAGUGUGAUCAGGAGACUACAGUGCCGCCGACACCAUUAA